AUAUAAAAGUGCAUUAAGCAAGAAGCAUUAAGAUUAUAAAAAAUUUUCCUUUCUGCGGAAACUCUAAUAAUAAAGGAAGGAACUUUCUCAGGAAGGAACUUUGUUUUGCACUUGCUCUAAUCUACCGAUCUAUAGGGCUGCGAGGUGCCAGGGACGAUCACAGUAUGUAUGAGAGAAUAGAGACAAUAUAAAAGUGCAUUAUAAACAUCUUUCCAGCUAAGGCAAAAGUUCUGAGCUUUUUCUGCCCCUCUCCCUUACAUUUACAUGAAAUACUGCUAUUUUAUUAAAAUAAAUCAAAGAAAUUUUGUCAUUCUCCCCCCUCUAGAGUUCAUUCGCCACGGCACCUCUGAACAGCAUCAAGAGGGGUUUCGAAAAUUAAGCGAAUAAGAGAACAUUGGAAGGAGUGUACUCAGAUGCAUUCUCGAAUUGAAGAAAACUGAACUAAACUAUAAAGACUUUAAUAGCUCAAAAAGCUCUUCAAUGAAAGCAAAAAUUGGAUUCCGAUUCAAAGGUGUAAGGGAACAAGGGAAAGGAAAAAAGGAAUGAACCUAGGGUUAUAGAAAUGAAAACAAAAGAAAGGGAAAAAUUGAAUGGAACUAAAAGAGCACUGGAUAAAAACAAAAUGAGAAGAUGGAGUCUUUGAUAAUGUUAAGCCUUAGGUACUUGACGUCCUCAGCAUGAAUUUGACAAGGUUAGUAAUGAAUUUGACAUCACAUUCGUUUUUAAGACCAACAACCAAAGGUAAAAUAUCACGUAUACAAUCAAUCUGACGUCACAAACGCACUUGAUUGCUAUAAAAGGGGAUGUGUACAGAAAGAGAUUACUUUGCGAAGUAUAUCGUUAUCUAAGCGGUGUUCUUCAGCAAUCUGCUACAAGUUGUGAAUAUAGUUUGUAGAAGAGAUUUACGUGUAUCUACGUGAGCUGUUGUUGGUGAUUUGUGCGUUACUUACAUCGGAUUAUGAUCAACAUGUCGUUGAAAAGUGAAGAGAAAAUGGCCGGUGGUGACUCGACUUUGGUGGAGAAACUGAUGAGCGAACUGGAGACGUCGAAGAAAGAAGCGAGCAAGCUAAAAGAACUGAACGGAGUUUUGGUGAAGUGAGUGAUAAUACAUCUUUCUAAUUAAAAUACAGUGAUUAAACUAAACUAAUUGAAAUAAAGUGAAGUUUUGUAGGACUCGCAGAUUAACAGUUAGACUGAGUAAUAAAAAUUAAGAGAAAGUAAAACUGAUUCUAAUUUGAAAGCAGUUUCUGAUUCUCAAGUUAAUAUGAUAUAAAAAAACACAAGUUAAAAUUCGUCUUUCAAUUUUGACUAUUUCUUAAAGAGCUAAUAGAGAAAUGACAACAUAAUAAAACAUAUCUUUUUCAGGAAAUCCAAAGAUCGAGAGAUGGCUUUAAAGAUGGAGAAGAACCAGUGCCAAGUGGAGGUGAAAAUUCUACACGAAUUAAAGCAUUUGUCAGUAGCACUAGGCCCUCUUUUAUUAAUGUUUUUAAUCACAUCUUUCAAUUCGUUAAAUUUGCCGGACUUGUUCAAACUCAUAAGCAUUUUUUAGAAUUGGUCUUUCUACAUCAUAUUCCAUCUGCACUUGGAGGAAACUCAACGAAUAUUGUUUAUUAUCGCAGAUCAAUGAUCUCAAAAUUCAAAUGGAGGGCUUGACGGAAGUACUAAACUAUCAACAAGACAUGGCGGAUGAGUUGGUACAACGUGAGCCAGAGAAAGUCAAGAAAUUGAAACGUCAGAAGAAGGAGUUGACUGACAAGUGUCAAGAGAAGGAGAAACAGUUAGAAAAAAUGAAGAAAAGUUUGCAAGAAAUUAAAUUUGCCUUUGAAAGCAAGGAAACAGAAAACAAGGAAAUCAAAGAGGCAAUACUGGAAUUGAAAGGCGAAAACAUCAAACUCCUCAGUGAAAAUUCUCUACUUGAAGGUCGUUUUGAAGAGAAAGAAAAUAACCUUUUCAAAAAAGAAGAAAAAAUUGCUGAUCUGGAACUUGAGAUAGUAGAGCUUAAAAACAAAAUGCAAAAAGACCAGACAUGCAUUGCUCGACAAGCAUCGAUCAUUUCUAACCUUGAAGCAACGAUCGAGCAGAAGGAGAUUGAUGCAGUCAAAAAGGAUCUGAGAAUAUGGGAGCUAAAGCAAGAAAUGAAAGAAGCCAACACCAAAGUGAUAAAAGAAGUGGCUGAAAUUACUGUAAAGAACGUCAUCAGGGAAGCAGGAGACAAGGCUCAAAUUUUGAAUCUGGAAAACAAAAAUAUCUCACUCAGGUCAGAAAUUGAAUCUUUGAUGCAGAAAACAGAAAGGCUGGAGAAAUUAGUUGCAGGACAAUGCACAAAACAUGGCAGCCACAGCUGAAUCAAAAAUCAGAGAAAUGGUUGACCAAAUGCAGAGAACAAACGAGAGGGCACAGCUUUCAGAGGAAAAGGCAAAUGAGAUAGAAAAAGGCCUUGUUUACAUAAAUUUAGCAUUUGCAGGCGCUCAGGAGCAUAUCGUGGUGAUGAAUCAAGAAAAAGAGGCGGUUUUGGAGAAGCUACGAGAAAGAGAUCAGGCUUUGAACAGGCAAUUGAAUGUAAAUAAUCAACUGAGACAAGACAUUGAUACUCGUAAUGACCUAAUACAAAAACUCGGAGAACGAGUGAGUGGUUUCGUCAAAAUUUUAAUUGGUGAACCAGGGGCCACUGAGGGUAUCAUCCAUAAGGUGGAUCAAAUGAAGGGAAAGAUAGACAGUAUUCAAGAGAAUGUUUUGAAAAUAGAAGCAAAAAAGAAGAGCUUUGGAAAAAGAAUGUUGGUAAGAUUUCGAAAGGUGAAGUAAACUGGAGAGUUGAAGGAACCCAAAUAUUAGAUUCGACAAGACUAUAAACAAUUUUGAUAUCUUUGUUAAGUUUUUUUAUUAGAGAAAGUUUUUUAUGAUGUUUGUUUGAGAGAAAAAUUCGAUGCCUUUAAUUUGAAUUAUAUCUCUAUCACGUGCCAAAGGUUUUGACUUGAAUUUCACAAAAUACCAACUAAAAAUAUACAAAUGUUGAAAGGUAGGGAUGUUGUUGGUUUUUUGCAGAAGUUAUCGAUAAGCAGAACUAGUCCAUGGUACCGUUCCAAGUGAAUUACAAUAAUGCCUAAAUGUUUACAUACCAAGAAUUGUGUUCUGUUUAUAAUUUCUGGGUUUGUUAAAAGCAUGGAGACAGGAAGGUAAAGGGUAAAUGGAAAUAUGGUGUCUCAAGUUUUUUGAAACGUUAUAUUACUGGUGGACCAUGGAUCAAGCAGACGAAAGUGUUUGGUCCUGACUUUUAAAUGGUUUUGUUAGAGUUGUAUCAACGACCGAUUGCUUGUUAGUGGUAUAGCCGAGAUCAUUUCAAGCUAUUGUAUAGUAGUCACGUCCAAAUCACGAGAGGACGCCUGAUCACUAUGACUCAAUGCCUUUAGAUUCUUCAUGUUAUGAUCUUCUUCCUUGAACAAGUUAGCGCCAGAGGCAAAUAAAAUGACCUCUGAGUUGUAUAAAGUAGGUGGCAACGAUGAGGGUGAAGAGAGAGAAAAAUGAAAGAUUGAGAAAAAAGCAUUGAAAAGAAAACAGAAGGAGCGCUAAAAGAGCAGAGUAGAAAGAGCAAAUUGAGGUAAAGAGAAGAGUAGAAUUCAAUGACUAGCUGAAAGACAUAAAGAAAGAGAAAAUAAAAUAUAGUAAUGCUGAAGGAUGAAAAUUUGCACUAAAAAAUAAUUACCUAGACCCCUCCGUGGUAUUCAAAAAGUAUGUAGAUCCUAAUUUUCUAAUUCACCUUUGCUUCUCAACACAACCCUGCCUUAUUCAUUGUAUGUUUCUCUUUAAUUUACAUAUGGGUCACUGGCUCGGGUUUCAAACUUAUUGGAGGUGGCA